CCGCGCGGCGGCGAGGUGAGGAGCCGCCUCUUCUCCACGACUGAGGAGGUCGCAGCUGCCCGUCGGCCCUGCACGCGGGCCGCCGCCGCGGCAUGGCCGGGAUCAUUAAGAAGCAGAUCCUGAAGCACCUGUCCCGGUUCACUAAGAAUCUUUCCCCGGAUAAAAUCAAUUUAAGCACCCUGAAAGGGGAAGGUCAGCUGACCAAUCUGGAGCUGGAUGAAGAGGUUCUACAGAAUGUGCUGGAGCUGCCCACAUGGUUAGCCAUCACUAGGGUCUACUGCAACAGGGCUUCCAUCCGGAUCCAAUGGACAAAGCUGAAGACACAUCCUAUUUGCUUGUGUCUGGAUAAGGUGGAGGUGGAGAUGAAGACAUGUGAGGAGCCUCGACCCCCAAAUGGACAGUCUCCUAUUGCUCUCGCUUCAGGACAGAGCGAGUAUGGCUUUGCUGAGAAGGUGGUGGAGGGGAUGUUCAUCAUCGUCAAUUCUAUCACCAUCAAGAUUCACUCCAAGGCCUUCCAUGCAUCUUUUGAAUUGUGGCAGCUCCAGGGCUAUAGUGUCAACCCCAACUGGCAGCAGAGUGACCUUCGCCUUACCCGUAUCACUGACCCCCGCCGAGGAGAGGUUUUAACGUUCAAGGAAAUUACUUGGCAAACUCUUCGGAUUGAGGCAGAUGCUACAGACAACGGUGAUCAGGACCCAGUCACCACUCCACUGAGGCUUAUUACUAACCAGGGAAGGAUCCAAAUAGCUCUCAAAAGAAGAACCAAAGAUUGCAAUGUGAUAGCCUCCAAGCUGAUGUUCCUGUUGGAUGACCUGCUCUGGGUGCUAACCGACUCUCAGCUCAAGGCUAUGAUGAAGUAUGCAGAGUCGCUGAGUGAGGCCAUGGAGAAGUCAGCCCAGCAGAGAAAGAGCCUGGCCCCUGAACCUGUGCAGAUAACUCCACCUGCUCCCAGUGCCCAGCAGUCCUGGGCCCAGGCAUUUGGCAGCAGCCAGGGCAGCAGCAACAGCAGCAGCAGCCGCCUCAGCCAGUAUUUUGAGAAAUUUGAUGUGAAAGAGUCUUCCUACCAUCUGCUCAUCUCCCGCCUGGACCUGCACAUUUGCGAUGAUAGCCAAUCCCGUGAGCCAGGUAUUUCUACAAACAGACUCAUGGGUGGUGCCAUGCAGCUUACCUUCCGCAAGAUGGCGUUUGACUAUUAUCCCUUCCACUGGGCAGGUGAUAGCUGCAAGCAUUGGGUGCGACACUGUGAGGCCAUGGAGACCCGAGGCCAGUGGGCCCAGAAGCUGGUGACGGAAUUUCAGAGUAAAAUGGAGAAGUGGCAUGAGGAAACGGGUCUAAAACCUCCCUGGCACCUGGGUGUAGACUCACCUUUCCGGAGGAAAGCAGAUUCUCUCUCUAGUCCUCGAAAGAACCCCCUUGAGAGAAACUCCUCUCAGGGCCAACAGUCUGCCUUUCGGCCUCCGGCUUGGAAUCGCUUACGUUCUAGCUGCAUGGUGAUACGCGUGGAUGACUUGGACAUCCACCAGGUUUCAACAGCUGGACAGCCAAGUAAGAAGCCAUCUACACUCCUUUCCUGCAGUCGGAAACUCCACAGUCUACCCACUCAGGUCUCUGCUAUUCACAUUGAGUUCACAGAGUAUUACUUCCCAGAUAAUCAGGAGCUUCCAGUUCCCUGUCCCAAUCUCUACAUUCAGUUAAAUGGUCUGGCAUUUACUGUGGAUCCCAUUAGCUUACUCUGGGGAAACCUCUUCUGCCUGGAUUUAUACCGCAGCUUGGAGCAGUUCAAAGCUAUCUACAAGCUGGAAGAUGCAAACCAGAAAGAUGAACACUUGGAUAUCCUACUGGAUGCCUUCCGGCUAAAGGUGAGCUUCCCACUGGAGAAGAGAGAACAGGCUGGGUUGCAUCGGCCCCAGGCCCUUGUCUUUUCUGCAUCAGGCAUGACUGCCACCAAUACACGUCAUGCUCCACAUUGUAGCUGUUCAGACCUCCAAAGUGUCUUCCGGGGUUUUGCCGCUGCUGAAUUCUUUCAUUCCAAUUACAUUCACUUUCCCAAGGUUCCAGGUAGCUUCAGCCUUCUGCACAUGCUUUUUUUGCAUCAUGCCUUCCAGAUGGAUUCCCGUCUCCCUCAUCCUAGUAAUCUCCUUCCCCAGAGGCCUAAGGCUUCCCAGGAUCUCUGGUCCAUUCACUUCACCCAGAUCUCCUUGGACUUUGAGGGAACAGAAAACUUCAAAGGUCAUACCUUGAAUUUUGUGUCUCCGUUCCCCUUGUCCAUUUGGGCCUGUCUGCCCCUCCGCUGGCAGAAGGCCCAGGCACGGAAGCUCCUUUCGGCAGCAGAAAGGAAACUGAAACCAUCAGCCAGCUUUGGCAGUCCUGUCCACUCUGAGGCCCUCGUCCCUGACCCUGUGUCCCAUCAGAGGUCAAAGACUGAGCAUGAUUUGAAAAGCCUAUCAGGCUUUACAAAAGCCAUGGAAGUCCUGAAAGACGGUAGCAGCGGCGUGGACAGCAAAGGGCCUCUGACAGAGCUGGAGGACGCUGCGGAUGUUCACAUGCUCGUGCACUCUCCUGCAGACAUCCGCGUGAGGCUUGAUCACUACCAGUACUUGGCUCUGCUCCGCCUGAAAGAGGUGCUGCAGGGUCUUCAGGAGCAGCUGACUAAGGAUACAGAGGCUAUAACUGGGUCUGCCCUGCAGGACCAGACAGUUUGCAUUGGAGUUCUUUUCCCCAGCGCUGAGGUGGCUCUGCUUAUGAAUCCUACCCCUGGGUCUUUUGAAGCUGACUCUGCAGGUUCAGAUACCACCAGCAUCAUCGAUUCAGAACUGUCUCACUCAGAGGAUCAGGAGCUGAAGUCUGAUGCAUCCUCAGACCAGGACCCAACAAGCCCGGAAAAGGUUCUGGAGCACAGUGGCAUUGAAAACCUGGAUGUAGCUCAAGAUAGGCCACUGCCUCUUCAUAGCAAUGGAGAACUUCAGGACUCAGAUUCUCUUGCACAGCAGUUGGCAGGGAAGGGCCAUGAGGCAGUUGAUGCCCUGCAGGCCAAGAGAUUGAGCAGAGCCCAAGCUUCUAGCACACCAGCUACCAUGAAGCCCCCAGGUGCCAGGGAUACUGCUAUAAAUGGACAGGGUGAGCUCAUCCCUUUGAAGAACAUUGAGGGAGAAUUGUCAAGUGCUAUUCACCUGACCAAGGAUGCCACCAAGGAGGCUCUCCAUGCCACCAUGGACCUCACCAAGGAAGCUGUGUCCCUGACUAAGGAUGCCUUUAGUUUGGGCAGAGACCGAAUGACCUCCACCAUGCACAAGAUGUUGUCCCUUCCCCCAGCCAAGGACCCCGUGGCCAAGAUAGAUGAGGGGGUGGCAGCCCCAGUGAGUGGGGGUGCUGCCCGACUCCGAUUUUUCUCCAUGAGAAGGACAAUAUCGCAGCAGUCAUUUGAUGGUGUCUCAUUGGAUAACAGUGGCCCUGACGAUCGGAUUUCGGUGGACAGUGAUGGCAGUGAUAGCUUUGUGAUGCUCUUGGAGUCUGAGCCUGGUCCAGACUCUCUCCCACCAGGAUCUCUUCCAAAUGUCUUAGACAGCGCUGGUCUUCAAGGGAGCCCUGUUAUGGAUAGCUAUGGCCAGGGGUCACCAGAGGCCAACAGUUCAGUUUCACCCAGUAGGGAAGACCUCAGUCCUCACCUGGUCUCAGUUCUGCUCCUGAAAGUGAAUGAGGUGUCUUUGGGGAUUGAGGUACGAGGCGAUGACUUGACUGUGGCCCUGCAAGCAAAGGAGCUGACCCUCCAGCAGCUGGGCACCGUGGGACUCUGGCAAUUCCUACAUGGGCAGUGCCCGGGUACAGAUUUUCAGGAACCCUCAGAUGUGAAGACUGACCACCGCAGGCCGGCUGUGGGCCUUCGCUUUGAGGUGGGGCCUGGUGCAGCUGUUCAUUCCUCCCUGGCCGUGCAGAAUGGCUUCCUGCAUCUCUUGCUUCGUGGCUGUGACCUUGAGCUGUUCGCUUCGGUGCUCAAUGGCCUGGGACCCUUCUUGGAGGAUGAGGAGAUCCCUGUGGUAGUUCCCAUGAAGAUUGAGCUCCUAAACUCCAGGAUCACCUUAAAAGAUGAUAUCCCUCCCAUCUAUCCAACAUCGCCAGGGCCUAUCCCCAUCACCCUGGCCAUGGAGCAUGUUGUGCUGAAGCGGAGUGAUGAUGGUGUGUUCCACAUAGGCGCUGCUCCUCAGGACAGACCAUCAGCUGAAGAACCUAAAAAUGAGAAGAGACAGCCUCCCAAAGAACAGGUGUUUCUGGUGCCCACAGAGGAAGCUUUUGGACAGCAGGUGAAAGAACUGCCUACCCUACAAAAGGAACUUAGAGAAACUAAGCAAGCAUUGGCCAAUGCUAACCAGGACAAAGAAAGACUUCUUCAGGAAAUUAGGAAAUAUAACCCCCUCUUUGAGCUCUGAUAGCAGUGGCUGAGCCAUCUGUGCCAAGGAGAGAGAAGAUCACCAGCAAUAGCACCACCUAGGACAGAGGCACUGUCCAGUGUUAAAUCAGUUUGCUAAGAAUGCCAGAGGGACUGGGGGAGUGCUCAACUCUCUUCGUGGUGUCCUUUCAACUAGCUGUCUAACUUGGACGGAAGACAGGUGAAGCAUGACUACUUCCCAAGAAUUUGAGAGCAGCUUUGUGUGUGGCUCAAGCAUCAUAUCUUGCCUGUAUAAAACCUUUUGGCCCUCUGACUAGGCGAAGUCUUCUUAAUACUAGGGUCAUUACACCCCCUAGUUUCAUUGCAGAUAUUUGCUUCUUCCACAACCUUUGUGAGCAGGGAAAGUACCCACCUCCUCAGUCACCCAGAGCCACCAAAGAUUCUAUGUCUCAGAGCUUCCUGUAGCAGACCUGAAAAGUCCUUGGUCUGAGCUGUGGCCGUGGUAGUGGAGUGGAAUAGGAAUGGCAAGGCAGAAACCAGGAGAGCCACAAGAAGGGAGACCUUGGUUCUGCCUUUUUGGAAAAGGGAGCCAGCCCAUGUCAUCAUGACUAAAGUUACAAUCAAAAUUUUCAGGGUUAAGAUUCCUCUGUUACAUACUUUCUUCAUUGUGAUGCUGGGUAGAAAGUGAACAAUAGGAGUGACUCAGUUGCAUCAUUUUUCCUCUCAAUGACACAAUUUGAGAUUUAAACCAGGAAAAAAGUAUUUACUCGGAGCUUAGGGAGAAGGUGUGAUAUUGGAGGAUCAAGAGGGGAGCUCAAUUAUUGGCCCCCUGUUGCCCGCCUAAAGCCCUGUCUCUUCCACAACUGUUAUUUGACAGGUUAUGUAACUGUUAAUAAGCGACAGGUUGUUUCCCCUGUGUCCCUGGGGGUCCUUGGGAGUGCUUCCCCAGCACUGUGACUUUACAUCGGAUUCUCCUCAGCAUUUGGUGGUGUGGGAGCUAAAGAUAUUUAAUAUAAACAUCCCAGCCUGUUUCUUCUUACCUCCCUCUAUCUCUGUGGCUUUUCAAAAUCAUGUAAUAUUGACUUAAGAAAAAACCAACUAACCAACCAACCCUUCAAGUUACCUAGGUUUUGCACCUACUUUAUAAAAGAGCCAUUUCUCUCCUCUUUGAACCUAAAUCUUCCCUAACACUUCCCUAACAUCCAUAUAGCUCUGUGGUAUGCUUCAAGCUGUGUGGAUUGGACAAACAUUUAUCAGCUAACUCACCUUGAAUUGGCAAGAUGGUAAAAUAGUGAUUUAGUAGUGUCACUAAAAUCUUAGAUCAUAUUUGACCUACUAAAGGAAAGGUAAAAUGGUUUCCUUAUGGGAAGUCACACCUGAUGCAUAUAUUAUUGUGGGUUUUUUUUUUUUUUCUUGAAGUUAAAAAGACACACACAUUCAAGAAAGAACAAGAUCUAAUUUGUUCAGGCUUUUGUCAAGUUUCUUCACCGAGGCAAUUUUAAAAGCACCAGUUACUGUGAGAUUAUGGGGAUAUUUUGUCACGCUUAGGAAACAAUUAAGGUAUAAACAUCUUUCUGGUAAGAAUGUUAACAUAGUUCCUAAGGGCAUAUGUUUGAUUAAACUAUAUUUAAAGUUUUUGUAAGUAACCUGAAAAUAGAAUAUUACAGUGCCAUUAAAUGUAACUACUUCCAGGGAGUGAAAGGUAAACCGGAAGAGAUUAAAAAAAAACAAUGUGAGCUAUAAAUACUCAGGAAAGUGACAGGUGAGGUUCUACAUAGGUAAGUGUAAAGUGAUGUACUUACAAAAGAGUCAGCAAGCAAUGGAGGAGGCAGUGAAUUGUUAGAACUCAGGAAAGAAAGCAGAACACUGCUGAGAAGGAGGAGGGGUCACUGUGCUGCAUGGCCAGAAGCCCAGCUGCCUUCUAGACAUCAUCAGGUAGGGCAUAAGGAGACAACACAGGCGACAGUACCUCGUACAAAACCAUGGCAAUGUCUUAAGUUAUCUGUGCGCUUCUGAUGAUACCAUUUGCAACAUAUGUAACCUGGAGGAAAGGUUCAGAGAACAGCAAAAAUUAUCAGGGGGUGGAAGUACAUGACAUGACAUAUCUUUAAAAUGUUGGCUGACUCCAAUUCUGGAAAAAGUUGAGGGGAGUAUUAGAUCAAAUAUCUCGUCAAGCGCAAGGAAGCCAGGUCCUAAAACACUAGCUCUAGGGCUCUACCUCAUGGCCUUAGGAAAAGAAAGUAUUUCUCAUAGCAAUCAGGAACUUAUGCUCAAGAAGUGGUGCUGACAGAAACCAUUCAUGGGGACAGAAAGUUUAAGAGGAAUCACUGACAGUUUUCCUUAAGGAUUUCUAGAAAAUCAGGGCUUUUGGUGAUAGGCAACUGAGAUGGUUAACUGUAGCCCUCCACAAACCCUCUUAAUGUUUUAGAGGUAGAAUGGAUCACUGAUCUUCUCAAGUAUGGUAUUUCUAUUAUUCUUGGAGGGGGAGAAGGGAGAUCGAUUAGCUGGAAAAUAGAAUUAUUCAAUUUUCGGCUUACCUGAAUAGAUUUAAAAUCACAUUCUUAUUUUUUCCUGUCCCUCCUCCCUUACCCACCUCUUUUGCAUACCUCUAUGCAAAAAAUAAAACAAAAACAAAACAUAUAUACUAAUAAGUACAGCUUGGUAUUUUCACCUUGAGUUUGAACUUGAUGGGAGGCAAUAAAACACAUUUGGCAAGCACCAAGGCAAACCCCUUUAAUGGCCAGAGCUCAGUCAGACUUUGGCAUGGUCUGGAGCACCUGUCCACAUGCCCAACAGAGCCCUAGAAUUUCUGACCUCCCUUAUGUGGAGGAUUUCGUUGUUGUAUCUUGAAGUCCUCCUUCAGGAAAUAUAGUAGGGGAUGUUGUCCCCUGGAAGUACAUGUACUAAGUACACACUUAGUAAAAAUCAUCUUGUAUUACUUAAUAUACCUGUUCACCAGAGAAAGGAAGACUGAUAAUGAAGAAAUGUGAACUGGUCGGUAGUCCUCAUAAAUGUAAAAGAAAAAAUAGUAGCAGUUCCUCUGGACUGCUUUCAAUUUCUGCCUCGGAGCUCUAAGACUGUGAACAAGAGAUAACAAUACCUCAAGAAAAUGUCUGGAGUGAUAGCACCGCUAUCCCUUAAAGACUUCUUCCACUGCACAUCACCAUUUCAGCUGUGAAGAUUUACCACUGUCUAUCAUCUGUGAUUGUCUAGAUUUCCUGUUUACAUGGAUGUACCAGAGGUAUGCUUUAGUGCGAAUGGAUAAGUCUAUUUCUUAGCUCGGCUGUGGGGGUGGUUAUCAGUCUCAAAUUCUGUUUUUAACUGAAAUAAUUAACCUAGUUUCUUUGAGUCAGAGAAGUGGGUUCUCAAGAUGGUUGCUUUUUGCUGUAUGGUUUGCUGCAUAUUUAAUCUGCCCCCAUUUUGCCAUGGGCUGCAAUCUUUAUCCUUUUUCAUGGUUCCGAAAGGAAUAGUUCUUGUAUAUGGAUUACACAAGGGAUAAAUACCACCUCUCACAUGCCCUGUAGCUUAAAUGCUUCUAUUUAGAUCAUUUACAUUGGUUUCCAUUUAGGCUAGUUUAUGGGUGUAGGGAAAGAAGGUAGUUUUGAGAUUACCAUGGUGAAACGGGAACUUGAUUUUUAGCCUGAGUCUUACAGCCUUUCUUUGUGGAAUGCUCCACUUCUCCAUUCGCUAAGUACAUGUUUAAAGUCAGUUUAAUGUAAUAUACUACAGUCAGAUUUGCCCAACUUUGUGAGUCCAAGCUUUUUCCCCCACUCAGGGUGCUAAGCAGAACUGGAAUCUUAUACUAAGAUCUGCUCAGGAAAGCUUCGGAAAAGAACAGCUUCAAAACCCUUUUCCCUAUGACUGAAAAAUAAGAGAAGGAAGAAUUCUUGGGGAUUGCCAAUUAUAUACAGUAGCCUUAUUACUGCUAAUCACUGUCAAUAAAGGUCACUUCAUUACCCUCUAUUUGAGGAAAACAAUGAGAAUGUAUCUGUUGAACUGGAAAAUGGUCAGUAUUGGGAAAUUUUAAUGUUGCAAUAUCUAAUCAAACCUUGAGUGUAUUGGUUCUGUGAACCACCUGAAAAAAACAAAUUAAACUUAUUAAAAUA